UUGAUUUACGCAGAUGAUUUAAAGAUAUGGAUGGAAGUCUCCUGUCUAGAUGAAGCGGAUUUACUACAAACAAGGCUCGAUUCGCUGCAUGAUUGGUCGAUCAGGUGUCAAUUACCCAUAAAUCACGAUAAAUCUUCCGUUCUUCCGAUCGGUGCCUCCGAACCAUUUGGAAUUUAUCAUAUCGGUGGGUUUUUGCUGCCGAACUCUAAUCGUGAGAGGGACCUCGGCGUCAUUGUGACCCCAGACCUAAAAUCGACCGAAGAUACCUUGAGGAAAGUCGCUUCUGCCAACAGGUUGUUUUUCGCCAUACGACGAUCCUUCUGUCUCGUGACUCCGGAGAUCUUCAGGCUCCUGUUCACUUCUCAUGUACGUUCGAUUCUUGAGUAUGGACUGCCCGCUGUUUAUCCUCUUUCCAAAUUUGAAUGCAACUUGAUUGAAAAAGUUAAGCGGAGAGGAUCUAAAUCCGUUCUGCAAUUACGAAACUUGCCUUACUCGCAUCGUCUCCAGUGCCUGAACUUGUUCUCCCUAGCCUACCGUCGAGAUCACGGGGAUUUGAUUUUCACACGGCGUAUCGUUAGAGGGGAACUUGGAGUUGAAUUGCAGCAUUUCUUUCCACUCAAUUCUUUCAGUUCGACUCGGGGUCACCAUUGGAAAUUGUUUAAACAAAGGAGACUUCGGGUCCGUUGUGAUGUCACUCUGUCUUUCAGUGUAGUGAACGAAUGGAAUAAUCUACCUGUGUGCGUCGUUGAUGCGCAGUCGGAGGAAUGUUUCAAACAUCAAUUGGAUUCUUACCUGUUGAGUAAACUCGGAUCUUGUUGCUUCUUGUGUCAAUGCAGCGGUUCCAUUGGAACCGACUUGCAAUGUCCACCUUGA